CAAACGUAGUUUACGUAAAAAAUCGAAAAUUGGUGAAGAUAUUUAUUUUUUGUAAUUUGUAUUUAAGAAGCUAGAAAUAUUACAUUUCGCCAGGUUGACCAAAAAAUGAAUGCGCUUUGUAAACCACACAUUGCUAGCACACUACAUAAAUCACCAUUAUUAGUUUCAGUGCGCAAUGCUUCGAAGAAAACCGGAGGCAGUACGAAAAAUCCUCCCGAUCACGGACGACCCAAACAUCGUGGUUGGAAAGUGCAGGACGGUCACUACGUUUCCGCUGGAACCAUACUAGCCACACAGCGUACUCCUCGCUUCCAUCCCGGUUUGAACGUGGGAUUCGGCAAGAAUGGUUCCAUUUUUGCUCUUGAGCAUGGCCGAGUUUAUGUAACCUGUGAAAAGCUGGAUCCCAACUGGGAGCAUACGUGGGUACAGAGAAUCUAUGCGGGUCGCGAGAAUCAAACAAUCUACAAGAAAUUUUUCAACGUGGUUCCAGUCGAGCAGCACCAACGAUUUAAAUUGUUGGAAGAAUCUUGAAUAAAGCUGAUUAGUUAGAUAUGUAGCAUAGAA